CCUCAUCCUUCGCAUUCCGUCUUCCUUUCUGCCUGAUUCAUUCCCUCUUCAAGGACUUCCUGAUCUCCCUUCCUUUGUUGUGUGCCUCGUCGCCAUCCCCAGGGACUGCCAAGCAUCGGGCUCGACGUGAGUCAACUGUAGGAAAGAUUUCUCGUUUAUCGUCUUUCCUUAUCAGGCGCACGUCCUUCAGUCACCCUGAAUCCCCAGGCUGUCAAACCCCCUCAAGGCCUUGUCCCUCCUUCGAUCAUGGCUGCCGACCAGUUGCUUCAGUCCAUCGGUCACUCGACUCCUAGCGAAGAGUGGUUUGACUUUGACAACUCUUUUGAUGUCCCUUAUGGAGGCCUGGGAAGCCAUCCCACUUCGGUUGAUUCGGUCUCUCCCAAGGACCUGGAUCUAACCUUUGCGGACUUUGAUGACUGCAACUGGGGCCCGAAUCCUGGAGUCUGCGGCCAGGAUCUCUUCGCCGAUAUCGUCAACUACGACGCGCCCUGUGAAGGAUAUGUGGGGCAUGCAUUGGAUGCCUCGCAACCUAUGCUAGAUCCCACCGGGUCCUUCCUCACACUGCCGCCAGCACCAAGCCAAGGGCUGAUCGGGUCAGGACUUGGUGACUCGUGGCUACAAGACAUGGGCAGUGCUGACGAUCAAUUCUAUGCCAGCGUCCGACAAAUGGUGGAGCUACAAGCCGCCGCUGAUCCAGGCGCCUUGUCCAUCAAAGAGAAGCGCAUGGAAGCAUCAAUCGCUAUUCAUUUGCAGCGUCUACAAGAAGCAGCGCUGCAGGACCUGGAGAUGUCGUCAAACUCGAGCACGACAUUCCCGUCACCCCGGUGGUCUGAAUCGGCGGGAAGUGUUUCGCAGGGUGGUACUUGUGCAACCCCGGUGACUUCUCCCCCAUCCGAGACAGCCCGGACGCCUGCCUCGAACCCUGAACCUGCAGUUGGAGGGAUGGAACUGGUGCUCGACUUGAAUAUGAACACAACCACCAACCUCCCAAGAAAGCAGAAGCCUCGGUCACAGGCCCAGAAAGAGAACUACAUCAAGGCCAGAAAGUACGGGGCUUGUGAGAAGCACAGGAAGCAACACAAGCGAUGCAACUGCCUUGAGAAGGCCGCUUCUCAUGCCAUUCUCAGCCAACAGGCUGUUUCUACUGCCGACAUGGCAGUCAAGUCGACCGUCAACGCUCAACUGCAUAUCCAUCGCCCUGGCAAUGAACAACUGCUCUUGAGGACGAUACCAGCGUCCGCUAACAAGUCACCUGUCUCGCAGCCGACAGGGGGCUUGGGACCAAGGGAAGAUCAAUCCGUCCAGCUUCGGCAUCCCACCCGCGUGUCAUGCACCAGUUCCUCGAUGGAUCCUCGAUAUGGACACCACUCGCCACGCUCGGUCCGGCCAAUCGCAAGCUGUCAAAGCACUGUUGGCUGUCCGAACACGGGCCAGCCAACUCCAAGGUCGCCGGUGUCCUGGCGCAGCGCCGAUCUGGUCAACUCCACGCCGGGGAGACUGCAAACCUCUUCGACAUCCAGUCAACCGGACCAGAAGUCGCACGCUGCAACCCAUGGCCGACGCCACGUUCAAGCACCCGGCCGUCUACGGACAGUCCAGGCUGUUUCCACUCGCUGGCGCGCGUCAGUGGAGACGUCAGUCCUAUCCACCCCCAACGCAUCUGUCGAUGCAAUUGCCAUACCCAGGUCCAGCUCGUUGGUCCACGCAUCUACGAUCAGAUCCAGGCCCAACGACAACCAUGCCGAAAGGGGAAACCGGACGGUAUACGAAACAUUCAAGCAACUUUGGUCUCCCCAACCAGGAGACCAAGCCAUGUCCACACGGCAUGUUGCAACCCACCGUUUCUUGGAUGUACCAGCCAACGAUGUCCACGACCAAUCUGUGUCAAGGACUAUUGUCUGGCGGGUACUUCAAAGCGUGUUUCCGGUUUCUCGCUUCCUGGAAUUGUCAAUUUUCUUCGCUUCUCGGCUGAGUUCAUGUUUUGGCAGAUCUGGAGGUUUCUCCAGAUUUGGCAAAUCCGUCAUGAUCUCUUUCAAUAAGCAUUGGCUGAUGGGGAAAGGAAUGAGCUGGUGCUGA